AUGGGUUUGCGUGAGGCUAACGCAUCGAGAGAUGUCAAUACUGGUACAUUUUCUAUAAACUUAGUUCUCGUUUUAGUUUUAUUUGAUUCUGGUGCAACAUAUUCAUUCAUUUCUAAGGAUAUACUUCCAACAUUGUUGCAUUGUCCAAAAACUGUAGAUAACAUAGAUAUUCCUAUAGAACUUCCAACUGGGGGUAUAGUUCAUUGUACUAGGAUUUAUAAGGAUGUUCCUAUAAAGAUUAAGGGGAAGGAAUUUAUGUCCAACUUGAUCAAAUUUGAACUAGGAGACCUUGAUAUAAUUAUGGGGAUGGAUUGGUUAUGUCGCUAUAAUGCUGAGAUUCGAUGUCAGUCAUAG